CGCGUGUGUGUCCGGGCUGGGAACGGGCGGCAGGGCGCAUGCUCUGGGUGGCUCUCCGGAGUCCGGGCUGCUGGGGGCUCCGUCUAAGAAGGCAGCGAGCAGGAGAGGCAGACAAGGAAGGAGGAGGCGGAGGAGGAGGAGGAGGAGAAAAUCAGAAAUAAAGAGCCCGCGUCCGUCCGCCAUGGGCUCCUCUCUGCUGCGCGCAUUCUCCGCUUCUUCAUGAAGUAGAGCCGCAGGGGUGGGGGCGGGCAGAGCAGAGGACCCCCCCGGGCCCCCAGGCAUGGCCAGUUCGUGUGCUGUUCAGGUGAAACUGGAGCUUGGGCACCGAGCCCAGGUGAGGAAGAAACCCACCGUGGAGGGUUUUACCCAUGAUUGGAUGGUGUUCGUCAGAGGACCGGAGCAUAGCAACAUUCAGCACUUUGUGGAGAAAGUCGUCUUUCACUUGCAUGACAGCUUCCCGAGGCCAAAAAGAGUGUGCAAAGAUCCACCGUACAAAGUUGAGGAAUCUGGGUAUGCUGGUUUCAUUUUGCCAAUAGAGGUUUACUUCAAGAACAAGGAAGAACCGAAGAAAGUCCGCUUUGACUAUGACCUAUUCCUUCAUUUGGAAGGCCACCCACCUGUAAAUCAUCUUCGCUGCGAAAAGCUCACAUUCAACAACCCAACGGAAGAGUUCAGAAGAAAGUUGCUGAAAGCAGGAGGGAUCAUGGUAAUGUCAGAUGGAACCUCAUCUGCUUCAGGGCAGAGUCUUCACCUCCUGAACCUUCCCAGCAAUUCCCUGUCAUUUUCUGAAGUGAAGAAGAAAUCAUCUCAUGGGCCGAAGGACCCAAGUAAGAACAUAAGCACUUGCAGCAGCAGCAGUAACAGUUUUUCAAAGCCCCAUAAAUUAACUAAGGAGCACAAGGAGAAACCUUCUAAAGACUCGAAAGAACAUAAAAGUGCCUUCAAAGAACCUUCCAGGGAACAUAACAGAUCUUCCAAAGAAUCCUCCAAGAAACCCAAAGAAAACAAACCACUAAAGGAUGAAAAAAUAGUUCCUAAAAUGGCCUUCAAGGAACCCAAACCCAUGUCAAAGGAGCCAAAAUCCGAAAACAACAUCCUUACCAUAGCAGGUGGACAGCAGCAAGAGAAGAAAGCCCCCACGAAAAGGCCUCCGGGGAUGGAUUCUGAGGAUCUCGCAGCCAAAAAGAAGAGGAAAAGUGGCUCAGAGGCUUUAUUUAAGAGUUUUUCUAGUGCUCCCCCACUGAUACUUACUUGUUCCACGGCGGACAGAAAACAGACAAAGGAUAAAUCUCAGUUUAAGAUUGGGAAAGUCAAAAUGGAAAGCGAGACACUGGAAAAGAAGAAGACCACAUUACCCCCCUUUGAUGAUAUCGUGGAUCCUAACGAUUCCGAUAUGGAGGAGAACAUGUCCUCAAAAUCUGAAUCUGAGCAACCCAGUCCUGCCAGUUCAAGCUCCAGCUCCAGCUCGAGUUUCACGCCGUCUCAGAACAGCCGACAACAAGGUCCUUUGAGGUCUAUAAUGAAAGAUCUGCAUUCUGAUGAUAAUGAAGAUGAAUCUGACGAAGCAGACGAGAAUGACAAUGACUCUGAGAUGGAGAGACCUGUAAAUACUCACGGAGGAAGCAGGGGCCGCAGGGUUAGUCUGAGCGAUGGAAGCGACAGCGACAGCAGUUCAGCAUCUUCACCCCUCCGCCACGAACCCCCACCUUUAUUAAAAACCAACAAUAACCAGAUUCUAGAAGUGAAGAGUCCUAUAAAGCAGAGUAAAUCUGAUAAACAGAUUAAGAAUGGUGAUUGCGAUAAGGCAUAUCUUGAUGAACUAGUUGAGCUUCACAGAAGGUUAAUGACACUAAGGGAAAGACAUGUACUGCAACAGAUUGUAAACCUCAUAGAAGAAACGGGACAUUUUCAUAUCACAAACACAACCUUUGACUUUGACCUUUGCUCACUGGACAAAACCACAGUUAGGAAGUUACAGAGUUACCUGGAAACGGCUGGAGCAUCCUGAGCACACAGCAGCUGGCUGCAUCGAAAACUGUGCUCUCUCUUUUUUAAAAAAAGAAAUAAAACGUUCAGAGUGAUGCAACCAAAAUGGCAGCAAACAAACGAAACCAACCAACUCUCUUCAGCUUUAUUUUUUUGUUUAAAGCCAGUCGUCAUCUCUUGAUAAAGGAGAAGAAAUGUGACAAGCCUCAGAGGAUUUGCUCUUCUCACCAAGGAAAUGCUCUGGAAGAGUUAGCCUGGAUAGCCUUGAAAAAAAAAAAACACUUAAUGAAUGUGUAUGGUAUCAUGUAUCUCUCUAUGUGGUGCUCCAGGCCACAAGACGAAUGCAUGUUCAACACACUGCCUUAUUACAUAACUGAUCUAUUUAUUAUUGCAUACGCAUAUUCUGAAGUCCUUGAGGGAAGGGCUCUACCAGAUGUUACAAGUCCUUGUGUCCUGUGUAUUCUCUCCUUUCAUCCAGCGCCACCGCUGUCAAAAGCCUUCUGACCUUGCGCUUGUUUGGACGCCACUUUUUCCUGACCUUUGGGUAUUCCCUUGACCAGUUUAAAAACCCCGUCGUCUUGUUUCCGUUUCUGCAGUCCCCCAAAACAAGAUGCCAAGUUGGGGAGCGGGGAUGGCAAAAAAAAGGUCUCUCCUUUU